AUGUCCGCGGUGAGAAAGCGACAGGAUGACUGCUACAACGCAUUAUUUACCAGCUUUAUAGCAAGCUAUCUUCUCUGCGGCAUGUCUUUGUUAACACUGACUGCAAUAAGCGUGGAUAGGCUGCUCGCCUUGACAUUAGGGCUGAGGUACAGACAAGUUGUGACUGUGAAAAAGGCGUGCGCGUGUGUCAUCAUGUUCUGGAUUGUUUCCAUUACCUGCUCAGCAAUGUAUGCGCAGAACGUCCGAAUAACAAUAUGGUAUAGCCAUAUAGUUAUACCAGUAAGCUUCUUCACCUCAGUUUCGUCUUAUACAAAGAUUUUUUGGGAACUCCAUCGCCAUGAAAGGCAGGUACGCGGCAACAUCAUUCAGCGAGAGCAAUCUAGCAACUCGAGUUCCGCUCCACUGAACAUAUCUCAAUAUAGAAAAGGAGUGUCCAGUGUAAUUUGGUUGCAGGUGGCAGUUGCUGUUUGUUAUCUUCCACAUGGUAUAGUCACAGCUUUGUGGACCUAUAGUGGACAGUCGUCGGCUAUUAUUGUGCUCAGACAGUUAACACUAACUCUAGUUUACUUUAAUUCGACACUAAACCCUUUACUUUACUGCUGGAAGAUUAGCGAGGUGAGACAAUUGGUGAAGGAAUUACUCAGAAGAUCAUUUUGCUGCUAA